CUACACAACAUGCAUACACACACACACAUUUAGUCUGUCCCACCAGUUUAAACGGAUAUCAAACAUUUUACUGGGUCCUAAAUCCAGACAAGGAUUGAUUUACAUUACUGGUGAUAGAUUUAUCUACUGUCGUACUUGUGACCAGUAUUAAUAAUAGGAUAAACUAAAUCCUUUUGUGACAAUAUUGGGAGGAACAAUGCGCUUUAUUAAGCCAUAUGUUCUGCUUGUUAUUGCUGGAAUAUUCUUGCUUCUGGGGUAUGUCUACUUCAGCUUCUUCUCUGAAAGGCUCAACAGAUGUACUGAUGUGGUGUCAGUGACCCCAUGGUUGGCACCCAUCGUCUGGGAAGGCACCUUUGACGCUGUGCUAAUCGACAACAUCUACAAGCCCAUGAACCUCACCGUAGCAACCACUGUGUUUGCCGUUGGAAAAUACGUCAGGUUUCUCCAAGAUUUUCUGGAGACAGCAGAGAAGCACUUCAUGGUCGGCUUCCACGUGCGCUACUACGUUUUCACUGAUCGUCCCCACGAUGUUCCUUCAGUGAACCUGUCUCAGGGGAGACAUUUGAGUGUGAUCCAGGUCCCGGGUUCAAACCGCUGGCAGGAGAUAUCAGCCCGGAGGAUGGAGAUCAUCCAGAUCACCAUCGAACGUCAGAUCAGAAGGGAGGCCGACUACAUCUUCUGUCUGGACGUAGACAGCAAGUUCCACGCUCACUGGGGGUCCGAGUCUCUUGGAAGGCUGGUUGCUGUGAUACACCCAGGCUACUACGAGCAGACCCGUGACCGCUUCCCGUACGAACGGCGUCCAGCCUCGACGGCCUACAUCCCCAUGGAUGAGGGAGACUACUACUAUGGCGGGGCUAUGAUCGGAGGGUUCGUGGAAGAUGUGUACACACUAACAAAGGUAUGUCGGACCCGGUUUGAGGAGGAUGUGGGGAAUUCCAUUGAGGCUGCCUGGCAGGAGGAGAGCCACCUCAACAGGUACCUGCUCGACAACAAGCCCAGCAAGGUGUUGUCUCCAGAGUACCUGUGGCAGGACUUCAAGGCCAAAACCAAAGAGGUCAAAGUAAUUCGCUUCUCGGGGGUCAUUAAAAACUAUGCUGAUGUUCGUCCCAAUGUAUAAAAAUAGGUAGUGGCUAUUAGACCGGCAGAAGAAAAACUUAAUUUAGUCGUAGCGGUAAAAUUAAUUGAGUUUAGGUUAAGGAACAAGGGUUAAGUUUAGGUAUAGUUUGACUGAGGUUAAUUUUUGGGUUAAGGUUAGGGAAAGGCAUAAUAACAAUUUUGGGGGUGCUUAUAAAUUUGUCACCUGUGGGUGUUUCUUGUAAAAAUGUGUAAUGGAAAUGUGUUUCUUGCAUAUCACAACUUCUGAGAGUGGGGUCACGUGCCAGCGUCACCAUUGUUCGUUUUAACUUAUUUCAUUCUGUAUUCUAUUUUGCAUGUUGAUUACUGUGAGGGAACAAAGAAAUAUGUUAAAAAAAACAGUUACAAUAAUAGUAAUAACAAUAAUAAUAUUAUGUUUCACCACGUUCCAUUAUGUUUGUGUUGUGUCACUACUUCUUAUUUAACCAAGGUCCAAAGUGAUGUUUUGAUUUAGAGCUUUAUACUUUAGUGGGAUUCACACAAAUGAUAAAUAGUGCUUCUUUCUGGUGGACGGUUAGGGUACAUGAAAUACCAGGAAAUGAUAUGUAUUCCAUAGCCUAACUAAAAACAACAGCUUUAGUGAACUAAUCUGGCAACCACAGCACGGUGUCAGCAGAAGGGGAAGGCCAGAGAAUACAUACUUGGACAAGCUAAGGAGCAACACCAGACUGGAGGAGGAGGAUGUAUCUGCAGUGUAGGACUGGCACCUCUGUGGGACCCAUUUAUCCACCCAAUACGUCCAAAUUCAUAUGGUGAGGACAGUGUAUGUAUAUAUUUUAUUUUAUUUAAGAUGAGAUGAGCUAAAUUAAUCACAUGAAUAAGAAGGUAUUGGAAUGAUCCAUAAUAGACGGACAUUGUGACAUGAGUCACACUUAUCCGAACAGGUUCCUUUUUUAAGUCAAAAUGGAGGAUGCACUUCAUUGUGUAAAAACAUCUGCCAACGGCAGGGCAAUUGGCUAAAUCCUUCAUGUCAAUGAGUCCACAGAGAAGUGGAUGAGGUUCCAGAAAAGCCUGACCAAUCACAUUGUAUUGGGUUACGUGUGCUGCCCGGAAAGCAAACAGAACUGAAACCAGGUGUGUAUCUGCCCUAUUUGACCAAAAAUCAUACAGUUUUGUACUAUUUAACCAUAUUGCUUAUACAUGCAACAGGCAUGUAAUAAUAAUGUUGAGUGAGCUAGCCUAGCAAGCAAGCAAGCAUUUCACUGCACCUUUUAUACAUUCUGUUCACUGCGUGUGACAAAUACAAUUUGUUUUGAUUUUAUCUCCCAAUGUAUUCAACUUGUAUUUUAACACACAUAGUUGAGAAUGGCUUUCAAGUGAUUAAUACAGCAAUUUAGGAAUUCUAAGCAUUCAUAUCUUCUCUAGCUCUAACUACUGUAGCGUAUGUCCACAUACAUGAAUUUUAAGCUUCCAUCCACUCUGUUGUCCUCACAAUAGCCGCUAAGCGGGAAGAUUGCCCCCUGCUGGCCUAUCGACAUCACUUCAAACAGAACAGAACAUUUCUUUGAUCAUGGGGUUGUCUCAAACAGAUUACACUCUUAUUGAAAUGUGACAGGCUAAAAUCUUAGAGAAUAGCGAGAUUUGUAGAUUAUAAUGCAGCGUUACACAGUUUUUAUUUUUGGGCCUAAAGCCAAUAAAGGUUUAGUUUCUUGUCAUGAUGUACAACAUUGGCAGCUAAACGCUGUAUUGCAUUGUUCAGUUCAUGUAAAUAAAUAAACAAAUAAUUACAUAAACAAAUUAAGUGUGAAAUCGUGAUAUAUUCCUAAAAAUUCAUACGAUUUUCAAAAUCAUGAGAAUUCACGACAAUUGAGCUAACCAUGUUUAAAGGUGACGUUAUGUUCUACGUAUAUAUGACGAAAUGCAGUCAUACGUUAAAAAAAACAGUUGAUUUCGAAAGGGAUUUAGGAAUUUUAUUCACCGAUGUCAUCAUCCCCCGCGACAGAGGCUGUCCUUCUUUCAUGGCUUGAAGGGUUCCUAAUUGUCGAACUAUUCAAAAAUGUUUUGCAUUUUAGCUAACCCUAAACCUUUUCCUAAACUUAACCUAAUUAUCCUAACUUGAUACGUUAUUUUGUAUAUUCAUUUCACCUUUAUUUAACCAGGUAGGCUAGUUGAGAACAAGUUGUCAUUUAC